GGCCGUCGGAACUGGAAGAGGAAAUCUCCACCUUGUCGCCGGGAUCGGCCGCUUCCGAUGCGGUGCGGAUGGAGGCGCCUCCGGGGGAGCCUGGACAGCAGCGGCCGCUGCGGGAACCGGCGGCUGCGGAGAGAGAAGCGGCGGAGGGUGAGCGGGCUCGACGGGCGAUCGCACGCGUGUUAUGCCGCCUUUGUGAAAGCCCCAACCCCCGGGGGGGUUGGCUUUGGUGGGUGGGUGGGGGUGGGAAAGGGAGAGAGAGAAAGUGAGAGGAAAAAGCAGCCGCGGUUCCCUCCCCGCCCCGUCCAACAUUUCGCCGCCGAAAAAUGGGGACCUGGUGGCAUCUCCGUUCUCACGCCCAGGGAUAACUCCCCGCUGCCGCCGGUGUAUAACCCGGGAGUCAGUCCUGUUCUCAGUGGGGCUUACUUCUGAGUAGGCAUGUCCAGAUUCGCGCUGUACAAAAAGCACCCAAUGAGCGCGUCUCAAGAGGAGCCGUCCAAAGUCAGAUCAGCUGGGCAGCGUUCAGACCUGCGCAACUAACGCAAACUGGUAUAGUGCAAUGGAGCGCCGGACCUGGGACUUGGGAGGCCAGGGUUCAAAUCCCCAUAGAUCCAGGAAGCGCCCUGGGUGAUCUUGAGCUUGCCACUCGUUUCUCAGCUUGACGCACCUCACAGGGCUGCUGGGAGGAUGGGAUGGGUAGGGGAGAACUCUGAACACUACCUUGAGCAACUGGGAGGAAGGGGAGGAUAUAAAGGUAAUUAAAGUGAAUUGUUUAUUGAGUUAAACGCUUCAGCUGCGAAAGGUGCAUUUUGAACUUCUGAAAGGACAGUUGCUCCAUAGGAACCUGCCUGAGUGAGACCAGUGCCCCCAUCAAGCUCAGUGCUGUCUACACCGACUGGCAACACCUCAGCCUCUCCAGGAUUUGGGAGGUGUUGAAAUGGACAGCGAACAGCCAACAUUUAUGAUUAUUAACAGCAGAAUUUAUAAACUGCUCUUCACUGUAUGCUUUCAAUCCCAGAGCAGGUAAAAAUAAACAGAGGAAAAGCACCCAGUGUGGUGUAGUGGUUAGACUAGGACCUGGAAGAAGUGGGUUCAAAUCCCCUCUUGGCUUAAUCUACUUCACAGGGUUGAUGUGAGGAUUAAAUGAGGAGGGGGAGAACCACUGGAUCCUUGAAGAAAAAGUUGAGGUAGCCCAACAAAGGAAGAAUGGAUACAAAAACUUAUGGAAUAUGCAGCAAUGGCAAAACUUACCAGAAGAAUAAGAAAUCAAGAUAACAAACUUUUUAUAAAAGAUUGGAAAUGGUUUAUUGAAUAUUUACAGAUAAAUUGCAAACAGAUGAAAACCUUAGCAGUUUCAUAAGAGUCUAUAUUUAAAGUAGAUCACUGGUCAACAACAAAUUUGUUGUCUGCGUUUUUUCAGUUGAUUUAGGACGAAUCUGAUGCGCUGAAUCCAAAAAUCACAUUGGUUUUGCUCAAUCAGGUCAAGUUUUUGAGCUAUGGCCACAUGUCUUUUUUACGUUUUUGUUCACAUGUACGCUUGUGUGGAGCAUUUUAGAAGAAGUUGGUGGGGGUAAAAUGCCAUGUCGAAUAAUUGUUUUGAUUGGAAAUGAUUAUUUUAAUGACAAGAAGUAUUCAGGUCCGAUAGUUCUGGGUGAUUAUGUCAAAAAGGGAUCAGUUUGAAGUCAUAAAACCUCGAAAUCUUCCAUAAAUUGGUGUGGCAAAGCAUAAAGUUGGGGGAUCAAAACUAAGUUAAUGGGGCAGCCGCCCCUCGAAGUAUCCUGAUCUUCAAUCAGCAUGUUGUUUUGUAGCUCAUUGUGAUGAAAUUCCAGUGCCUAUCUUCGGAGAACUUCCUGACAUUAGUGAUGAAGAUGCCUCCAGUGUUGAAGGACAUGAAGAAGAAGAAGUGGUUCUUGAAGAUGAUGCUCCACAUCCAUUUUCCCAAAAGGAGUUGAAUGAUCUAGUUCGCGACCUCAGCUUGUCAAAGGACUCUGCCGAACUGUUGGCAUCCAGAUUGAAGGAAAAAACCUCCUCUCUGACAGUGCUCGCAUCAGCUUCUUCCACAACAGGCAUCAAGAGUACCUCCGUUUUUCUCGGAAGAGAAGGACUUGGUGUACUGUGCAGAUAUUGCGCAGCUUCUGCUCAAGCUUGGAGUGCCACAGUACGAACCCAAAGAUUGGAGACUGUUCAUUGACAGCAGCAAGCGAUCACUGAAAUGUGUUCUGCUACACAACGGCAACCAGUUUGCCUCUAUACCCCUGGCUCACUCGAGUACACUGAAGGAGAACUAUGAAGCGGUGAAGUAUGUGCUGGAGAAAAUUGGUUAUGAUCAGCAUAAGUGGUUUAUUUGUGUUGACCUGAAGAUGGUGAACUUUUUGUUGGGACAACAGUCUGGCUUCACCAAGUACCCAUGUUUUCUGUGCAUGUGGGAUAGUAGGGACCGUGCUCAGCAUUACACGAAGAAGGACUGGCCUGUGCGGGAGGAAUUGGUGCCUUGCAGAAAAUGGAACGUCAUCAACGACCCUCUGGUGGACAGAGACAGAAUACUCUUCCCACCGCUGCACAUCAAGCUUGGCUUAAUCAAGCAGUUCACCAAGGCUCUGGACAAGGAUGGUGACUGCUUCACUUACUUGUGCCAGGCUUUUCCAGGAUUGACCAUGGAGAAGUUGAAAGCUGGCAUCUUUGACGGUCCUCAGAUCCAUCAGCUCAUCAGAGAUCCAGAGUUUGGAAACUCAAUGAACGAAGUGGAACUGGAAGCGUGGAAGGCAUUUGUUCUGGUAGUGAAGAACUUUCUUGGCAACAAUAAGGCCAGAAACUACGCAGAACUUGUCAACAACAUGCUGACUGCUUUCAGAAACCUGGGCUGCAACAUGAGCGUCAAGAUGCACUACCUAUUUUCACAUAUGGACCGGUUUCCUGAGAACCUGGGUUCAAAGAGUGACGAGCAGGGGGAGAUUCCAUCAGGACAUGAAAGAGAUGGAGACCAGGUAUCAGGGUCGCUGGGACGCAGUCAUGAUGGCUGACUACUGUUGGACUCUGAAGAGAGACCUCCCUGCUGCUGAGCAUUCCAGGAGUUCCAAGAAACGGAAGUUCAAGCCCUGAAGUUUGAAAAAUGGUGAAGCAACAUGCAAUUUACGUGUACUUACCUUUAUCAAUGCCCACCAUUCAGUUUACAGUAAACCUGACCUGAUGGAGAGAAACGGAUGCCAUUUCCUGAUUCAGCAGUGCAAAAAUACCCUAAAUCAGUUGUAGAAAUCUAGACAACAUUCAAAAAGUAAAAAAUUGUUGCCCAGUGAAAUGAGCAAAUUAAAUAAAUUUGGAUAUGCAGAAAGAGGAGAAAGGAAGUCAGAAUUUGAAAUGUUAAUUUGAUUGUAAAACUAAUGAAAUGUAUAAACUUGAAAAGUAUAAAUAAAAACUUAAAGAAAAAGUUGAGAUAGAAAUGCGAUAAAUAUAAAAAUAUGCAAAAAUCGCAUAAACACGUCCAAUAAAUGACGUAACAAUUCUGUCAUCAGGGAAGCAAAAAUUUAUAUUUCCAAUUUAGCCAAAUCCCUAGGUGAAAAACAAGCAGUGCAUUCAAACAUAUGAAGCAACCAGUGGUUUUAAUGACAAUUCUCACCCCAUGUUUCACAUUCAUUCAUUCAUUCAUUCAUUCAUGUGUUUAUUUUAUUUUGGUAGCCCACUUCCUUUCUGUCUCUCACACAAAGAGGGCCCCACUCUGUGGCAACUUACUUUGCGGCCCCCGAGUAACUCAGCAUCUUUCUCCCCUCCCUCUCCAUUCCAUCCAGCUCUCACCUGGGGUGGUGGUAUGAGUUGUUGCCCACAAGCAUCCACAGCAAGGACCCUCCAUCCCUUUCCGACAGCAGCAACAGAGCAAAAACCAUACCUCCCCCAAAAAAGAGUGGGUGGGAGGCAAUAAUCCGCAGGUGGCAUUUCUCUCCCCUUCCCAGUCCUGAGGCCUCAAGAGCUGCCAGUUGGAGACGUUGACAUGGAUUUGCUGGCCUCCCCCCCCCCCCCCGAGUCUCUCUUUUCCUUACCAUCCAGCGCACAAGCAGUGUUCAGGGUCCUCCAGGGGUCCAGCAGGUAAUGAUGGAAGCGCUCUCUCUCUCUCCCCCUCCCUUAUGUCUUAUGCCUUAGGAGAGCCCAUCCUCUUGGCCGAGCUAAAGCCAGGGCAGCCUCAGCAAUAUGACUGGAAAUCCAGCUGCGAGACGUGGAGCGUGGCCUUUUCCCCGGACGGCACGUGGUUUGCCUGGUCUCAGGGCCACUGCAUUGUCAAGCUGCUCCCAUGGCCUUUGGAGGGAACCCAGCAGUGAGUAGCCAUCUUGACGGGGCGGGGGGUGUGUGUGUCUGGAGCUACUUUUGGCUCUCUAGCUGUUGUUUCUUUGCUAGGUGAAGUCCCUAUUUACAUUAUACAUUUAAAGCAGCGUUGUUUCACUUUAAACAAUCAUGGCUCCCCCCCAGAUCCUGGAAGUAUAGUCUGUUAAGGUUGCCUAUUCAUGUCAGGGCCCAGUUUCAGGUGCUUAAAGCCAUAAACGACUCAUCAUUAAGAAAGGCAGAGAGGGAUUUUAGGUUGCUCCACCACCCUCAGAAGCUCAUGGGGCUGGCAACCCCGAGAAAGGGCCUUCUCUGUGGCAGCCCCUAAGUUGUGAAACUCUUUCCUCACAGAGGUGCGUCUGGUACCCUUCAUUAUACAGUGGACGCUCAGGUUGCGAAUGUGAUCCAUGCGGGAGGCACGUUCGCAACCCGCAGCAUCCGCAACCCGCGGCGCCAUGUCUGCACAUGUGUGGGUUGUGAUUUGGCGCUUCUGCGCAUGUGCAAAGUGCAAUUUAGUGCUUCUGCACAUGCGCAAGCGCUGAAAUCUGGAAGUAAUCCGUUCCGGUACUUCUGGGUUUCGGUGCGUCCGUAUCCGGAAAAAGUGCAACCUGAAGCGUCUGUAACCCAAGGAAUAACUGUAUAGUCUUUGGUGAAUGCUGGAGGCAUGUCUCUGUGCUGGCUUCUUUUAUUUUUAGGACCCACUUGAUUUCUGUGGGUGUCGGUUGUUUUUUAAACUGUUCUUAAUAUUGUGCUUUAAUUGUUGUAACCUGCCCUGGGACCUUCGGGUGGGUUAUGUUACUGAGAGUUGUUAGGAGACCGUAUUCUCCUCACACAGCUACAGUUCCCAUCACGGCUGGAAUUCGUAAUAUGGUGCCCUGAGCGAGGACAAAAUUUGGCAUCACCGCCCUUCCUCCAAUUUUUAUAUUAUUUUCACAAUAAUCCCUUUUGGUACAGUUGCUCUUUUAUGGAUCUUCUCAGUAGGUACCUAUAUAAAUAUAGGUGAUAUUAUUAUUAUUAUUAUUAUUAUUAUUAUUAUUAUUUAUUUUGUGCCCCCUCAGUUUGGUGCCCUGGGCAAUUUCCCUGUACCGCCCAUUAAACCACAGAGCCUAGGACUUGUCGAUCAGAAGGUUGGCGGUUCGAAUCCCAGUGACUGGGUGAGCUCCCGUUGCUCGGUCCCUGCUCCUGCCAACCUAGCAGUUCGAAAGCACCUCAGAGUAAAUGGCGUUUCCGUGUGCUGCUCUGGUUUGCCAGAAGUGGCUUAGUUAUGCUGGCCACAUGACCCGGAAGCUGUAUGCCGGCUCCCUCGGCCAAUAAAGCGAGAUGAGCGCCGCAACCCCAGAGUCGUCCAGGACUGGACCUAAUGGUCAGGGGUCCCUUUACCACCCUAAAUCUGGCACUGUUCCCAGAAUUCCCUGGGAAGAGGGAUCACCCAUUAAACCACUUUGGAAAUUGUAGCUCUGGGAGGUGAAUGCAGGUCUCCUAAGAACUCUCAUCCCCUCUUAAUGGCCUACACUUCCCAGGAUUCUUUGGGGGAAGCCAUGACUGUUUAAAGUGCAGCUCUAACUGCAUUGUUCAGACGGGCCCUAUGCUGGACUUGUAAGCUCCUUGGGAACAGAGACCAAUACUGCCUUAGGUGACCUGCCUGCCUGCACCCCACAGGAACUGCAAAGCUUCGGAGUGCAUGAAAGCCGAGGCCAGGGGCCGUGGCAGGGUCAAGGAGAAGACGCUGGAGUGUGGGCAGAUCGUCUGGGGCUUGGCCUUCAGCUCCUGGCUGCCUUCCCGUUCAAGGAAACACAUCCUGUGGGCGCCGAGUCCUGCGUGUUUGGUCCUCGCCACUGGCCUGAAUGAUGGGCAAAUCAAAGUCUGGGAGGUGCAGACAGGUAACCUGGUUCUGUUCUUCUCUGCUGGAAAAAACGAAGGUGGUCUUUGCAUCGCAGGGGGUUGGACUAGAUGACCCUUGGUGUCCCUUCCAAGUCUGCAAUUGUAGGAGUCUACGAUCACUCCCCUUUAGCCAAUAAUGUCUGCUGAAGCUGCCACCCAUUCUUACCAGCGUGAGGUCUGAAUGUGAAUGUGAGGGAAUGAAGGAAAUUGGUCCAUGUAUGUCUCUCCCCCUGGCGCAGGCUCCUCUCCUCUCCCCAGUGUUAUUUAACAUACCUGAAAGCGCUGGGAAUGGUCAUUAGGAGUUUUGGAGCAAGGUGUACACCAGUAUGCUGAUGAUGGAGAGCUCUCUUUCUCCGUAACUUCUGAAGCAGGAGAAGCUGAAUCAGCUCUGGAUAAAUCGUAUGUUGUAAACCGCUUUGAUAAAUAAAUGAGCGCAUCAGGGGUCUUGGAACCUAUGUCCCUCCUUGUAUUUCUAGACUCCAGUUCCCAUCAGUCCCUGCCAGCGUGGCCAAGGGUGGGAAUGAUGGGAGUUGUAUUCCAGCAGCAUCUGGAGAGCUGCAGGUUCCCCACCCCUGAAUUACAUCCUCUUUAGGCCCAUCAAGAGCAAUUGACCCAUCUUCUUUAGAACAAUGGGACACGGGUGACGCUGUGGGUUAAACCACAGAGCUUAGGGCUUGCUGAUCAGAAGGUCGGCGAUUCGAAUUCCCGCGACAGGGUGAGCUCCCAUUGCUCGGUCCCUGCUCCUGCCAACCUAGCAGUUUGAAAGCACAUCAAAGUGCAAGUAGAUAAAUAGGUACCGCUCCGGCGGGAAGGUAAACAGCGUUUCCGUGCACCAAUAAAGCGAGAUGAGCGCCGCAACCCCGGUCAUGACUGGACCUAACGGGCAGGGGUCCCUUUAACUUACCUUUAGAACAAUAUGGUUCUGGUUCUGGGGUGGUGGUAAUCACGCCUUGCCGUCUGCUGCUCCUUCCAGGGCGCUUGCUGUUCAACCUCUCGGGACAUCAGGACGUGGUGAGAGAUUUGAGCUUUGCACCUGGUGACAGCCGUUCAAUCCUCAUCUCCGCCUCGCGUGACAAAACCCUGCGCGUCUGGGACCUGAGUCAAAACGGUAAGAGUGAGCGAUGUGGUCCUUUGUCUGGGUCUGGGAAAUGGGCAUACAGCAUAAAGCGCAUUUAAACCACAUUGGUUUGCCCUGAAGAAUCCUGGGAACUGUGGUUCACCCUUCUCAGCCCCCUUAAACUACAAUUCCCACAAUUCUCUGGGCAGGGCAGCGGAAUGUGCUUUCAUUGUAUGCUGUGUACGCAGCCCAGGGCAGUUUGGCAGGAAACUUAGUGGCAUAGCAAUUGGGCAUAUAGAUCACAUUUUCAGAGGUGACUUCUGGGUUAUUAAUUUUUUUGUUACAGGCCUAUAAGCUAAACGCCUUUGCAUUUUCCUGCUUCUCUUCAGGCUGGCUGGGAAAAAAUGGGAAAAGCAGAUUACGCUAGGAGAGCCAAACGUGGCCCUCGAGGCCCCUCUGUCUGGUCCCUGGAACUCUCCCUAGGCCAUGCCCCCUGUCUCCAGACCACUCUGGAUCAUAUAUGUUUUUUCUACGUUGGCUUGUGGGAGUCAAUGUGAUUUGUCUUCUGUAUAUAGAUGCAAUAGGUGCCCUUUGGGCUCCCUUCCAACUCUACGAUUUAUGACUCUAACUUGCUAAUGCUUUUCUCAAUUUUCCCAGGGAAACAAUUGAAGGUGCUCUCUGGACACAUGCGGUGGGUCUACUGCUGCUGCACCUCCCCUGAUGGUCGCAUGCUGUGCUCUGCAGCUGGAGAGAAAUCGGUGGGUCUUGCCUGAGUGGUGGUGAAGACUGUGAGUGGCCCCUCUGACCCCAUAGCAGCAGCUGUCAAGCUCUAUUUAGGGUGUGUUCUUACCAGGCCAUUUUGAAAAGAAACAGGCUUUCCAAUAAAUUCCCCAUCAAACAGCAAACUAAGCAAACAGCAAAAUAUCUAAGUUCAAGGUCAGGGGUGAGGGUCCUUUUCCGGCCUGAGGGCCACAUUCCCUUCUAGAGCACAUUCUGGGGGCCGCAUUGGGAAGUAAGUGAAGGCUGUUUUAUCCCGGCAGGCCUUUGAGAACAGUCUGGUUUGUUUGUUUUUAAAGUGAUUUUUGCCUCCCUUGCAGGCCCUGCUAUGGAGUAUGGAUUCCUACAGCCUCCUCAGGAAACUGGAGGGGCACCAGGGCUGUGUCGUGUCCUGUGCCUUCUCCCCGGACUCUGCACUUCUCGCGACUGCCUCGUACGACACCUAUGUGAUCCUCUGGGAUCCUUGCACAGGGGAGCAGCUGAAAUCCCUCUGGUAAGGGAGUCAGCUAUCGGAAGGGGUGCAGGCCUCUGGCUUUGCCAAGGAAGCAGUGUUUUUGGUUGGCACUUCUUGCCUGUCCCACCCCUGUUUUGAGACGAAAACACUACUGUGCUCCAGGGGAAUGCUGGUUUUGACUGACUGAAGGGUAAUGCUAAGGCGGAUGUUUGGUGUACAGGGAGAAGUGAGGUGGUCUGCAGUUGUGGUGGGUGUGUCAAAACACCCUCGACUGUUUCUGCAACAGAGUCUCUGUGCCCUAAGCCCUUGAGCUGCCCAGCCAGAAUGAAAGAGGAGCUUUUUAGCCACUGAGAAGAAAUCUUAGGAUCUUAGGAAUUGUAGACUUGCAAAGGACCACAAGGGUCUUCUAGUCCAGCUCCCUGCAACGCAGAAACCUUUUGCCUUGGGCGAUUCUUUGUAUCUGAAAGCUUUAAUGUGUGCAAAAUGAGCCUUCCCAGCAGCACUAACUGGUGAUAACACAGCCACCUUGGUAUUGCUGAGUAAACCGUAGCAGCACAGGAAACCAUGGUUUCUAUUCAGACUUGAACAGACCUUUUUGAUAAGCUGCAGUUCAGCUGUUUCAUACUGGAUCUUCCCUUCUAAGUUUCUUCUGGGAUAGCCAUCUUCAAAGAUGGGUAACAGAAUGACCCCUUUAGGUUGAAGGUAUCUCUCCUGACUUCUGGAGGGAAACAGGCCAACCUUUCCUUUCUUCUGCAGCCACGUUCCGCUGCAGCCGGCCCUGGACCAUGGCGCUGACUUCCAUGCCAGCUCCCUGCGAUCGGCCUGCUUCUCACCUGAAGGCCUCUACCUGGCGACGGUGGCAGAUGACAGGUGAGUUUCUAUUGCCUUCCUGUUCAUGGUGCGCUCUUCAUGCAAAAUGAUGGCCAUUGGUGAUGGCCAGGUACUUUUGCCUGGCAUGGGGGGCCUUCAAGUCAGGACCAAGAUGCUUGGGUUAGGGUUGAGAGAAGGGAGAGGCACUAUACCUUGUUCAAAUGUGUCUUGGCGGUAGUGCACACAGUGUUUGAAAUUAUCCAGGCGUAUUUUGCACUUUGCUAUUGGCCAUUUGUAACCAAGUGAAGACACCUGGGCUCCAGGAUGGCUUCUGACAUCACCAUCUGGAGGUGCAUGCCUGGGGAUCAUCGGAUUUUGCCUGUUUUUACACACUAAUACCCCAUCCUGUAGAAUUCUAUCCGUUAUAUUUUACCUGCACAAUCAGGAUGAAUUUCAGGAACCAAAAUGCUAUUUCUGUGCAGCCUGAGCAUCAGCAGUGAACAACCUGUUGACUGUUGCAGGUUGCCUUCAGUUACCCCACCCCACUGCCCUGCUCACAGUUGUGAAGAACAUUCUUACGUUAUGAAUGGUCCAUGUUGCCAUUAAAAAAGGGAGAGGUAGGAAUAGGCUGAUAGAUAUGUGGACUGUCCCUGGAUCAAGUGACUUUUCUUCUUUCAGUUCCCAAAGUUCUUAACUUGGCUCAAGGUGGUCAUCUGAACUAGCCAGAUGUUUAACUGAGAAUCAAUUGCCGCCAGUCCAUCCUUUGAAAAAUAAGACUUUCAGGCUGUCUUGCCCCAAAAUGGCAACUAGACAUUCCUUUUUGGUGAUUGUAACCUUGGUUUAAGGAGCCAUUUCGUGCCUAGUUUAUAUACCUGAGUUUCUAAUGCUGAGUGGAAAUGGCUUGCGUGGAGGAUAAAGUGGUCAGUGGUCACAGUGCUAGAAUGGCUACAGCCCACAGGGGCCAACUUUUACCUUCCAUUGUUGAAGGCAGUGCAUUCCUCUGAAUAACAGUUGCUGGAAACUGCAAGUGGGGAGAGAUGUGGCACUUGGGUCCUGCUUGGGGGCUUCCCACUGGCAUCUAGCUGGCUACUGUAAGAGGAGGAUGCUUGCUUGGGCUUGCUUGGCCUUUGGCCUGAUCCAAACAGCCAGGAUUUUCUGACGCUCUCAACAGCUAGCAAGUUGCCUCUGGGAAGCCCAGGAGGAUGCCAUGAAAGCCAUAGUCUUCCCUUUGCCUGCCCCCAGUUAUCCCACCCCUGACACAGACGACAACAACAACAACAACUGAUUAUUUAUACCCCACCCAUCUGGCUGGGUUUCCCUAGCCACUCUGGGCAGCUCCCAACCAAAUAUUAAAAACAUUAAACAGGAUUAAACAUUAAAAACUUCCCUAAACAGGGCUGCCUUCAGAUGUUUUCUAAAAGUAAGAUAGUUGCUUAUUUCCUUGACAUCUGAUGGGAGGGCGUUCCACAGGGCGCCACUACUGAGAAGGUCCUCUGUCUGGUUCCCUGUAACCUCACUUCUCGCAGUACGGGAACCACCAGAAGGUCCUCGGAGCUGGACCUCAGUGUCCGGGCUGAACAGUGGGGGUGGAGACUCUCCUUCAGGUACAGGGCUGAGGCUGUUUAGGUCUUUGAAGGUCAGCACCAACACUUUUAAUUGUGUUCGGAAAUGUACUGGGAGCCAAUGUAGGCCUUUCAGGACCGGUGUUAUAUGGUCUCAGCCACUCUCAGUCACCAGUCUAGCUGCCACAUUCUGGAUUUAUUGCCGUUUCCGAGUCACCUUCAAAGGUAGCCCUACGUAGAGCACAUUGUAGUAGUCCAAGCGGGAAAUUACUAGAGCAUGCACCACUCUGGUGAGACAGUCUACAGGCAGGUAGGGUCUCAGCCAGCAUACCAGAUGGAGCUGGUAGACAGCUCCCCUGGACACAGAAUUGACCUGUGCCUCCAUGGACAGCUGUGAGUCCAAAAUGACUUCCAAGCUGUGCACCUGGUCCUUCAGGGGCACAGUUACCCCAUUCAGGACCUGGGAGUCCUCCACACCAGCCCGCCCCCGUCCCCCAAGAAUAGUACAUCUGUCUUGUCAGGCUUCAUCCUCAAUCUGUUAGCUGCUAUCCAUCCUCCAACCGACUCCGGACACUCACACAGGACCUUCACUGCCCUCACUGGUUCUGAUAAGAGAGGUAGAGCUGGGUAUCAUCCGCAUAUUGAUGAAUACCCAGCCCAACCCCCUGAUGAUCUCUCCCAGCGGCUUCAUGUAGGUGUUAAAAAGCAUGGGGGAGAAGAUGGAACCCUGAGGCACCCCACAAGUGAGAGCCCAGGGGUCUGAACACUCAUCACCCAACACCACAUUUUGGACAUGGCCCAGGAGGAAGGAGCCGGAACCACUGUGUAACAGUGCUCCCAGCUCCUCUAGACAGCCCAGAAGGAUGUCAUGGCUGAUGGUAUCAAAGGCCAGCCUUAUCCAGCGGGCCUCUUCUGAUGUUCUUUGGACUGGUUUUCCAGAUAAGGGUACCUCUCUAUUCUCCUCUAGGCUCCUGAGGAUCUGGGCCUUGGAGCUGGGGAGCCCAGUUGCCUUUGCCCCAGUGAAGAAUGGGCUUUGCUGCACCUAUUUCCCCCACGGGGGGAUCAUUGCUACAGGGUAAGUUCUUCGGCAGGAAGCCAAAGGGCAACUUCCUUUUUCCAAAUCAUGGAAUUAUAGAGUUGGAAGGGACCUUGAGGGUCAUGUAGGCCACCCCCCUGCAAUGCAGAAAUACACAGGUGGGGGGAUCAAACCCACAACAUUGGCAUUAAUCAGCACCACACUCUAGCCAACUGGGGCAUGAAUCCAAGAAACUGGCAUCGACUGACCUGCGAAGACAGAGCUUCCACUUUGAAAGAAGUCAUGCUUCUAGCUCUCAUGGUUGGAGCAAAGUGAGUGGCAGUUGCCCGUUAAAGCAUUGUUGAGGAGGGCCAUAGCACAGUAGUAUAGCAUCUGUCUAUCUCUGUCCCAGGCGAAAUCCCCGGCAUCUCCAGACAGGACUGGAAAUGUCCGCUGCUUGAAACUCUGCAGAGUUGCUGCCAGUCAGUGUUGGCAGUACUGAGCGAGAUGGGCCAAUGGUCUGACUCAGUAGAAGGCACCUUCCUGUGUUCCAGACUUCUCGAGUCACCUCUGCAUUAUUGUACCACUUCAACAGCCAUUGUGUCCCUAAAAGAAUCCUGGGAACUGUAGUUCACCCCUCACCGCACAGGACUUCCACUCCCAGAACAAACUACAGUUCCCAGGAUGCAUUGAGAGGGAGCCAUGUGUUCUAAAUGUGUGGCAUAGAUGUGACUUGGCCCUCACGCUUGGAGAGUGAAGGGCAGGAUGGCCUUUGCCCAGUGGCAGAACAUCACCUUUGCAUGGAGGAAGAUUUAGGUUCAAUCCCUGGCAUUUCCAGGUACUGCUAGGAGAGAACCUUCCCUGAAACUUCAGAAAGCAGCUGCCAGCUAGUGUAAACCAGUGGUCUCCAAAUUGGUGCUGCACCUCCUGGGGAGAGGUGGGGUUGCCUAGUGGGGGUGCUAAGAGGUAAGGGGGCGGCAGGGGGAUGCAAGUGGCAGGCAGACAUUGAAGAGCUGGUGUCACUGGAUCAAGAUAAUCUGUUUUGUUGAAUUAAUUAAACGAAAUAGUUUUAAUUGGAUUUUUAACAAAUGUGCAAUUCAUUGUGAAUGACGUGAAUAUUCUUGUGUCAGUGGGUCUCGCAAACUGCUAUUCCAAAUAAUACUUUUUAUAGGGUAGGGGGCCGCACUGGGGAUGAGUUUAUGCAGCCAAGGAGAAGGUGGCGGCCCUCCAAAUUUUGAGAACCCACAGAUGCAGAUGUUACUGAACUAGAUGGAUGCAAAUUCCCCCAUAUAUAGCCACUUCUUACAUUCCAAAAACAAACAGCGGAAGACUGGCUUUUGGUAGCCAUGGGAAAGGGGGCUUUCCCCAGAUCCCAUCCAUCGUUUUGUUCAUGUUUCCUAGCUCUACAGAUCGAUUUACAUUGCACGGUGUUAGCUUGUUGAUGUUUGCCACCCUGGGCUCCUUUGGGAGGAAGGGCAGGUUAGACAAUGAAUUGAUUGAUUAUGAAAAAUGGGUGAUCGUGAUAGCAGCAACCUGCUAUCACCUGGCCUGAUGUUUGCACAGUGAACAGUGAACAGUUUCUGCAGCCUCCUUUCACCUCCCCAAUCCCUUCCUCUCGUCGUAGAACAAGAGAUGGCCAUGCUCAGUUUUGGACGGUUCCCCAGGCCCUCUCCUCCCUCAAGCACUUGUGCCGCAAGGUCCUCCGCAGCUGCUUCACGACGUACCAGGUGCUGAAGCUACCCAUCCCAAAGAAGAUGAAGGACUUCCUCACCUACAGGACUUUGUAAGGCUGUGAUGUGGCUUGACGGAGCAGUGCCUGCGGUCCGCUGGACGGAGGGGGCGGCUGGCCUUGCCGAUCGCUCGUGCAAUAUGCUUUGGUGUUUUGCGGCGCAGGGAGGCCCAAACGGUCUGGUUUCACCCCUGCUCCUUUUGUGUGGGUUUACUUGGUUAAAGUGACUUUUUAUAUCUGGACAAGCACAGAUGGGCUAUAGGAAGAAUCUCUUUUGUGUGUCAGCCCUACAGAGAUUUGACUGCUGCAGUCCUGUAGGAUGUACAUUUCUCUAGGACUUUUGUAUUUAAAUGCAGCUACUCCCUUUUGGACAUCGGGAGCCGAAACCUUACAUGGGAGCCACCGGGGAAGAACUGUUGCCUGCAGGUGUUAGUCUGCAAAUCAUGGAAUUGUAAGGGACCACAGGGGGGUCAUCUAGUUCAACCCCCUGCAAUGCAAGGAUCUUUUGCCCAACAUGGUGCUUGAACCCAUGACCCUUAAGACUAAGAGUCUCAUGCGCUACCAACUAAGGUAUCUCAGGCCUGGAUCUGGCUGCUGUUCUUUGGAUCUGGACCACAGCCUUCAACAUUAAUGGUGAAGCCAGGAGGCAGGGGGUCUUGCUAUACCCUGGAGGGAGAAGAUUAACCUUUUUGUCCUGUUAGGGACUAAAAGUGAUGCUUUGAACAUCUCUUGGUUUAGGAUGGAGAGGAAGAGGUUUGGAAGAAUGUCCUCAACGCAGGUGCUAUGGCUGUAGAGGACUACAGUGGUACCUCGGGUUACAAACGCUUCAGGUUACAGACUCAGCUAACCCAGAAGUAGUACCUCAGGUUAAGAACUUUACCUCAGGAUGAGAACAGAAAUCACGCGGCGGCAGCGGGAGGCGCCAUUAGCCAAAGUGGUACCUCAGGUUAAGAACAGUUUCAGGUUAAGAAUGGACCUCCGGAACGAAUUAAGUUCUUAACGAGAGGUACCACUGUAUUUCAAAGUUAAUAGUUCAUUUUGGAGCAGAUUCCGCCCCCCCUCCCAAAAGAAUUGAGGUUGAGAUGUGGCAGGAGGUUCCCUUAUGUUAGUUUCAACAGAAUCAUGCAGGAAGUUGAAGUAAUUCGAGUGAAUUCAGUGUGUGGAAGAGGGAGAAAUAGCAAAGGGGUGAGGAACAUCUAACUCAGCAGCUGUUGUUGACUUCAGGUCUUGUGAGCUCCAGUCAGCAUGGAUAAUGGUCAAAGUUUAUGGGAGAUCAAGGCUUAGGGCACAGACUUUGCAUGCAGAAAUCCCAGGUUCAACCUAUCCAGUUGAAGAGAUUUUGCAUAAAUCAGGUCAGGGGAAACUGUGGCCCUUCGGAGGCAGCUUGACCUACAACUCCCAUCAUUCCCUGGCUGUUCUGUGAGAAGACUCUGAACUACAGAACAAAUUAUUUCAACCUGUGUUUGGAAGAAGGGAUAGGAUUCAAAUCUCCGCUCAGUCGUGAAACGUACUUGAACCAUGGAGGCAGUGAUGGCCAGCAACUCAGAUGGCUUUGAAAGAGGAUUAGACAAAUUCACAAAGGCUUAUCAAUGGCUUCUAGCCAUGAUGGCCUCCACAAGCAUCUGCUUAGCCAUUGUGAGAACAGGGCGCUGGACGAGAAGGGCCAAUGGCCUGAUCCAGCCGUCUUUUCCUGUGUUCUCAAGCUUACUGGCUGACCCUGCUCUAAUCACCCAUCUCUCAGCCCAGGGUACCUCACAAGGCGGCUGUGAGGAUAAAAGGGAGAGGCAGAACUGUUUAUACUAGCUUGAGCUCCUUGGAGGAACGGUGGGACUUAGGGCUGAUGGGAGAGAUGGAGCCUCUGAGGGCCACAGGUUUAUUGUCGCUGCUAUACAAUUUGCGCCAGCUGCUCCUAGCCCUGGAUAAUAUUUUGAAAGGGCAAGAGGCCCAACAGGGUGGCAGGUCCCCCUAAAGAUGCAGGUGUUAAAAGUUUCAGUUUGAGACACUAUGAUGGUGCAAGACGUUUUAAGGCAUUGAUAUGGGCUUUGUCCUCUCUAGCCUCUUUAUGCGUGUGAUGUGUUAGGCAGAGUCUUUGUCAAAGAGAUCAGAGUUCUGGACACUGGUUGGAAGUAUGUGGCUGGCUUAGGAGCUGCAGGCGAAAGCGGAUCUCUUUCAUCUGGAAGCCGCACCCUUUAAUGCAGCCACCUUCCAAGGCUAGUCUCAUAGAAAUGUCUCUCCCCACUCCUGUACACUACAUAAAUGUUGGACUGAACAUGAGUUCAUUUAUCAAGAUUUCUAGUGAACGUAUUGUCAUGGGGAGAAUAAAUGAAGCCAAUUGGUUUCCACGCCUAACUACAGAAAGUGUGGCUAGAGGCUGAUGACCAGUCUAGAAAUCAAGUCCUAUAAGGAAGUGGUUGGAAGAGUGCAGCAUGUUUAGCACGGAGAAGAUGACAGCAUUAAAUAUCUGGAGGGCUGACAUGGUGGAGUGGAUCCUGCUCCUGGAACACACAAGAAGCCAGUGGGUGGCAAGGUGACUUUGGCUCCCAGCACCUGGAUUGCAUCUCUCCUGCUACUCAAGCCUCUCUGCAGCUUCUAUUGAUGUAUGUUAAAGCAUGCCUGCUAUCUGCAAUUCACACAACUAGCAGCAUGUUUGGCCUUGCAUCACCAGGCAGAAAAACUAGGUGAGGUUACUUAUCACCCUGGAUGUAGAACUGUAUUGAACCAAGACACUUUGGCUAGGUGCUAAUAAAAUCGGGCUUUAUUA